AGUUCAAAAGGUUGUAGUGUGGUCGAGGAUGUCUCUUCCAUCGUCUUUCCUUCUUCUCGUCGGAGCUGUCUUCAUUCACAUCGUUCUCGCACAAGAGUCCGUGGUCACCAGAUGCUCCAGGGACCCCGCUGCAGUGUUCGCCCACCCGGACAACUGUCACCAGUACUUCAACUGCAGUGCCGACUCCAACCGUGUCUACCCCGCUGGACUUGUGGGCCCAGACUCGCACAAUUUUUACCUGAGCGAAUGCCCCUACCCUCAGUAUUUUAAUGAGGUUACCUUGCAGUGUGACGAUUACCACCGAGUGCAGUGUGGAGACAAGUUCAAACCGGUAGACCAAUGUGAGUAUACUCGAUACACGUGUAUCAGGAGUCACUGCAUGCCCUGCUACCUGCGGUCACCGAGCUGCAAAGGUCUGCAAGAUGGCGCCAACGUCUUCACACACCGAGAAUGGAGUCCGUUCUUUAUUGUUUGUGAGGACCAGCGACUCGUCAACACCAGUACCUGCCCACCACAUCAGGAACUACAAAUGAAUCAGUUGUUCUCGCCAAACCUCGGGAGAUGUGCUAGCCUGUAUGAAAUACCAAAGGAGCAUGGCGGCUUGUUCUUUGACUGCUCAGGUCGUCCUGACGGUUUGUACCCGGAUGACGUCACCAACAAAGUCAACCUCCUCUUCCGAUGCCUUUCGGGGGUGCUAGUGGAAAUCUUGGUGUGACCUGACAACCGGAAGCUUGAUGCAAAUUCUUUCUUUUCACCUGUGUAGACGAUUUACUGUUUGAUGGAGGAUCGCCAGGCGCUAAGAGAUUGCUAAUUACUUGGUAAUGACUGAACUUGAUGUCACACUGUUCCACUUUCGUUGGCUGUACCUACUUCGUGAUACUAUUUACAAAUAAACAAAUAAAGACGACGUGGAAAAGGUUCACCGUGUCUAGUCCUUGGCUGUCACUGGUCAAGAGAACCGAUCGUACUAAAUAAACACUCUUACAAAACA